UAAGCUAAGUAAGAUGAACUCUCAUCGAUCACAUGUUGUUCUUCUUCUUUUGAUCGCUGCGCAUGGCUUGUCAGCGCCAGUCGCGGUUGCUAGUGAAGAAAAAGUGAAGUUGACAUUAUACUACGAAGCUCUGUGUCCGGCUUGUGCGGAUUUCAUAGUGAACGAGCUGUAUAAGAUAUUCGUUAACGGAUUGAUUUCGGUAGUUGAUCUCAAGCUUAGUCCCUAUGGAAACGCUAAGAUCACUUCCAAUGGUACAAUUGUUUGCCAGCAUGGUGGAUGGGAGUGUUUACUUAAUACUAUAGAGGCUUGUUCAAUUCAUGCUUGGCCUCAAGUGAGCGAUCAUUAUCCGUUUGUCUAUUGCGUGGAAAAGUUAAGCUACGAAGACAAGCAUACUGAGUGGAACACGUGUUUUAAGAAAUUAAAUUUGGAUCCAAAACCCGUUAUUGAUUGUUACACUAGUGGUAUGGGACACAAGCUUGAGCUACAAUACGCGGAUGAAAUAAGCGCUCUUGAACCUCCUCAUGAUUACGUGCCAUGGGUCAUUGUGGAUGGGCAACCACUUUACAACGAUUACACCGAUUUCAUAAGUUUCAUUUGUAAAGCUUUUAAAGGUUCUAAUAUGCCCCAAGCAUGCCUCCGUGUAUCCCAUCCAAUUACCUCUCCAACGGACGCUGUAAAAUCGUUCAAUCAUGUCUCCUACAAAGGAGAAGAGGGUGUAAACUCAAAGGCAACACUAUCAGAAAUCAUCUCAUCAAUAGUAGCUUCUUGGAUGAUAUUGUAGGCAUAACAUAAAUUAUGUAAGGUUAAUGGUAAGUUAACAAAUGUUACUCUAGGAACAUUGUGGGAUGA